AUGGCGACCAGUUCAAAAAGCAAUGAAAAAAAACCUGUAGUGCAGAGUGAAUUGAAUAGGCUUUCGAAGGAGAAGAGUCCCUAUUUACUGCAACAUGCAAAUAAUCCUGUUGAUUGGUAUCCAUGGUGUGAAGAAGCUUUUGAAAAAGCUCGAAACGAAAAUAAAUUAAUUUUUUUAAGUGCUCAUGAGUCAUUCGAAAAUGAGGCUGUUGCAAAAAUUAUGAAUGAGCAUUUUGUGAAUGUAAAAGAAACUCAACCUGAUGUGGAUCGUAUGUACAUGCUCUUUGUACAAUCUUUUUCUGGAAGUGGUGGAUGGCCAAUGUCGGUCUUUUUGACUCCUGAAUUAUAUCGUAAGACUGGUUUUGCUACCUUGCUUAAACGAAUGUCAGAGUUAUGGAAAGAACAACCUGACGAAAUGAGAAAAGCCGGUACGAAUGCAAUUGAACAGCUUCGUGAAUUUAUAACGUCUAGAGGAGAAAGCGCGAAAUCCAUAAAAUUAGACAUGAAAACUGCACUAAAAUUAUAUAAUCAUUUUGAUAAAAUGUUUGACGAUGAACAAGGCGGAUUUGAUGGCAAAAGUGAACCCAAGUUUCCGACCCCAGUUCAAUUGCACUUUCUACUUCGUUACUAUUAUUAUAUACUUGUGGACCUUGAAAGGGCAUACGAAAGGUUGGCUAUAAUGUCAAUCAAUGAAAUUCGUAAUCGCGGUGCAUCUUUGGGUAUCGAUUUUAAAGACUGUGAAAAUGAAGCACAAUUUUUAAACAAACUAAAAGAAGUUGUGACAAGUCGUAAGCAAGUUGCAGAAAAGAGUUUGGAAAUGGUUAAUUUCACUUUGAAGAAAAUUGCUAUGGGUGGAAUUCAUGAUCAUGUUGGGAAUGGAUUUCAUCGUUAUUCAACUGAUCGAUAUUGGCAUGUUCCCCAUUUUGAAAAAAUGCUUUAUGAUCAAGCACAAUUGCUAAUGAGCUUUGUUGAAGCUUAUGCGAUAACAAAGGAUCAAUAUUUUGCUGAGGUGGCGCGUGAUAUAGUAACGUAUGUUGAAAGAGAUCUGAGAGAUCCUGAAGGUGGUUUUUAUUCAGCUGAAGACGCUGAUUCCUAUCCCCAUGAAGGCGCAAAGCACAAACUUGGUGAGGUUUUGUUUCGUUCUUUUCAGGGUGCUUUUUGUGUAUGGGAAAUGUCUGAAAUCAAAGAAAUAUUAGGGGAUAAGAAUUCAGAGAUUUUCUGUUGGCAUUACGGCGUGAAACCGGAUGGAAAUGUUGAUCCCAAUAAGGAUAUCCAGGGAGAGUUGAAGCGUAAGAAUGUCUUGAUUCAACGCCAUACGUUAGAAGAAACAGCAGGACAUUUCAAUAUUACAUCAGAUCAACUGAAAGAAACUCUUUCAGAAUCUAUGAAGGAGCUUGCAAAAUAUCGGGUUGAAAAAAGGCCUAAACCACAUCGUGACGAUAAAAUUUUGGCAGCAUGGAAUGGAUUGAUGAUUACUGGCCUUGCAAGGGCUUACGACUCGCUACGUGAUAAAAAAUUUUUGGACCUUGCAGAAGGUGCAGCAAAAUUUUUGAAAGAAAAAAUGUAUAUUCUUGAGAAGAAAGUUUUAUUAAGAAGCUUUAGAGAAGGUCCUGGUGAUGUUGAAGGAUUUGUUGAUGAUUACAGUUACUUAAUCGAAGGAUUGCUACACCUUUAUCAAUCCUCUUUUAAUGAAUCAUAUCUUUCAUGGGCCAUUGAUUUGCAAGAUCGACAAAAUCAAUUAUUUUAUGAUGAACAAUCUGGAGGGUAUUAUAAUGUUAAAGAAGGCACCAAAGACAUAUUAUUGAGACUGAAGGAUGAUCACGAUGGCGCAGAGCCUUCAGCAAAUUCUGUUUCGGUUAGCAACCUAAUUUUGCUUGGUAACAUUGCUAACAACCUUGAUUAUAGCACUAAAGCUGAACAGACAUUGAAAUAUUUUGCGGGGAGAUUAAACACAGUUCCAUAUUCAAUGUCUGCAAUGGUUGCCAGUUUGAUGUUACAUAUAAAAGGCGUUAAACAGAUAAUGGUUGUUGGGCGUGAACAAAAUCCAAUUGUUCAACAAUUUAUUGAAGUCAUUCAGGAUCGAUUUAUUCCUAAUAAAACUUUGCUUGUAGCAAAACCCGAGAAUGAACUCCUCCUAGAAAAAAAUGAAAUGGUAAAUGCUAUAGUACAAGGCGAGUUUGCGAAAGAAACCGAUGAUAAUGUUCCAUCGGUGCACAUAUGUGAGAAUUUCACUUGCGGUAUGCCAAUUAGCAACGUUGAAGAGUUGGUGGAUAAAUUGAAAUAUUGA